UCGGUCAAGGAUAGGGAUUGCGAGUGGGGAGUAAUGCCACUUAUAGUACUUGUUUUUCCUACUUCGACUAGGGAAGUAAUUAUCAUGAUUUUAAAGGAGCUUGUUUUCCAAAACAUUUUACCAACCAAACGUAGGAAAAUUAGAAAACAUUUUUCUCCAUACCAAACACAUCCAUCUUGAGGUUUCUAUGUGAAUAAAAGUUCUAUCCCCAUAGUUUGCAUAUCCGUUUUAAAUGUUGGUUUCUCUCUCAGGAUCUUAUUGACGAAUACUGUUAUAAAAUGUGUCCUAAGGGUAAAAAAAAGUGUUGUCGAUCUUUACCUCUUGAUGUAUUUAGCGACCUUCCAGAGAAUUUAAUUGAUGCCAUUUUGAUGUGCUUGCCCUUUAAAGAUACUGUGAGGACAAGCGUCUUGUCAAAGAAAUGGAGGUAUAACUGGUGCAGACUUCCAGAGUUGACACUUGAUGAAACUGGUUGGACAACUAACAAGGAUAUAAUAUUUUGUACAAGUAAAAUUACCAAGAUUAUCUCCCACAUUGUGAGACUUCAUGCUGGACCAAUUACAAAGUUUAUCCUCUGUGUUCCCAGAAGCUGGCCUAAGAUUCAUGACUUGAUAAAUUUCCUCUCUCAAAAUGGCAUUCAACAUCUCGUUCUUAGACGUCUAUCCAGUGUUCACCAAUACAAAUUGCCUUCUUCAGUUUUCACAUGUUUGCAGUUGAGGCAUUUGGCUCUCGAAAGCUGUUUCAUACACCCUCCAACUGUCUUUAAGGGAUUUGAUUGUUUAACUGUGCUAGAAUUAAAUCAUGUCGAAAGUUCUGAUGAGUUUUUUCGAAAUCUGAUCUCCAAUUGCCUGUUGCUUGAGCCUUUGGUGUUAGAUCAACCAUAUUGUUUAAAUCUCGUUGAAAUUGAAUCUCCCACGCUGAGGUCAUUUGUUUACGCAGGACUUGUACAUGAAGUUCAUCUAAAAAAAGUCCCUCUUCUUGCAAAAGUUUCGGUUACGUUUUCAUGUUCACCCACAGGAGUACAUGCUCUUGCCAAGUUUUUUGAAUGUAUUCCUGCUCUCGAGCAUUUCCGCUGGUGCAGUAUGUUCCGGUUUUUCAAUAACAAAGCAGUUGAAGUACCAAGAAGGCUUUCCUUUGCUCUGAGCUGUCUUAAACAUCUUCACAUUAAUUUGGUGUACCUAGAUGAAUUGCCUGAGCUUCAAGGUGCUCUUUGCUUGAUAAGAAGCUCCCCUUAUUCACAAGAUAUUGAAAUUCAGGUGUAUCAACGUUUUCAGCCCGAUGAAUAUCCGAAAUUGCUUGAUCCAGUGACCAGGGAUUAUGUUGAUGAAAUUCCUGCAAGCUUCUCAGAUGUGACACUGAAUCACCUCAAGGCAGUUAAGCUUGAAGGUAUUGCUGGAACAAGGCCUGAAAUGCAGCUUAUCCAGCUUCUAUUAGCCAAGUCUCCAGCUCUGGUGAGAAUGAAAAUCGACCCCUACUAUGGAUUGGAAGAUAAAAAAUCUCUCAAAGUAGUUGCAGAGAUAACAAAUUUUCAGCGGGCGUCAUCUAAAGCAGAAGUUGUAGAUAAUGUAGAUUAGUGUCCCCAGUUACAAUCCUGCUUGACUUCAUUAGUCUUUAGGCAGGCUUGGUCUUUGGUUAAAAUGUUUUGAAGUUAACGGGCUAAAAAUUGAAACGAAUGUUGAUGCAGUACUAAAAAUCUGUGUUUUAUUUCGCUAUAAGAUAAUUAGUAGACUUUAUCAGUUUUGGAACACAAGUGAAUCUGGAUGGAUGUUCUGUCUAGUCUGUUUUGUGAUGCUAAGGGUUUUUUACAUUUCAAUGUUUGAUCUAUGAAAUGAGACUUAGUUGUUAGUUUCAAUGUUUAGUUGUGGUUUAGCUGAUGGUAUAGCUGUGGAGAUUUGUUACUAGCAUGAACUUAUUACUUGUCCAAUAGUUGUCACUGCUAUGUAACUUUCUUCACUAAUUAGUAUGCUAUAAAAUUAUUACUCAUACAAUCUCAUAUUUACUGAUAUUGGAGUUUAUUCUUUAUUUCAUGCCAAAAUGUAUUGUUCCAGUUGAUUGAUUUCAAAAUUGUUCCAUCUGUCUAUAUGUACCAGGAAGAACAUUGUUCCAUGCUUAUGUGCGUUUCUAAUACAUAUCCGAAACUGUUAGACCAUAGUGUAUUUGAGUCCAUGGAAGUCAGAGAAGUAAUACUUAAACCAGAAUUCUCGAUGUAUGCUACAGUCAAAACAUAGAUUUCUUUUUCUUAUGAUUGCCAGAGGAGGAGUAUUAAAUUUGAAAUGGCUAGUACAGAGUGAAGUUAGUUAAAUAGUUGUUACUUUAAUGUUAUUUCCCAGUCAAAGUUGGUCAGUUCUCAAUAUGUUGAUGCUUGAGAAAGCAAAAAAGAAUACAGAGUUUGGGUAGGAUAUUCAACGCCUAUUAAGAAGAAACAUGAAGACUCCUAAAGUUGAAACUUGAUCAAACACUUUAUGAUACAACAAAGGACUUGAGAUCACCUGCGAUUAAAUUUGCCUACAUUUUGAAUCACCUUAUGACUCAUCUUGCAGGACCAAUGACGAAGUUUACCCUUGAUAUUCCUGGUCUUGAAAGUUGGCCUGGCAUUCACAACAUCAUAUAUUUCCUCUCUAGGAAUGGCAUUCAACAUCUUGUUCUCAGACUUCCUGUAAGAGUUUCCUUUAUCAGUUUUCAGUUGUUUGGAGUUGAGGUAUUUGACUGUCGAAAUUUGUCCUAUACUUCCUUCACCAGUCUUUAAAGGGUUUUAUAGGUUGAUUAGCUUGAAUUAUGUGGCAUUGCAACUCCCUCCUAUUUUCUUAAAAGUUUGAUCUCUCAUUGCCCUUUGCUCGAGCAGUUGUUGCUGCAUAAUAUUUUAAGGGAUGCAUGUGUCAUUGAAAUUAAUGCUCCCAUGUUGAGAUCCUUUGACUUCACAAGAAGCAUGAGAUUUAUCUGUUUGAAAAACAUCCCUCUUCUGGCAAAACUCUCACCUAUGAAUACAAAUUAAUUUGUGGGGGUAAAAAGGUGUGACAUUGUCAACUUUUUUGCGUCUUAUUCUUCUCUUCAGCAUCUC